CCACUGCGGAAGAGCGCAGCCCGGCGAGCCCCGGCGCUGUGACCGGACCCUCAGCUGAGCCGGGAAGCACCGCCGCCUCGCCUAGCCGCACGUCAUCGCCUCCUUCGCUCUCAGCCUCCGCUGGAGAGACCCACAGCCCCACCAUUCAGCGCGCAAGAUACCCUCCAGGCCCUCAUCACCUUUUUUCAAGUCAAGAUUCCAUCCCAUACACGCAUGACUCAAUCAGAUUUGGAAAUGUGGAUAUGCCCUGCGUGCAAGCCCAGUAUAGUCCAUCGCCUCCAGGUUCCAGUUAUGCAGUGCAGACCUACAGCCCAGAGUACACCGCGGAGAUCAUGAACCCUGACUACGCCAAGCUGACCAUGGACCUCGGCAGCACUGAGAUCACGGCCACGGCCACCACAUCCCUGCCCAGCUUCAGCACCUUCGUGGAGGGCUACUCGAGCAACUACGAAUUCAAGUCCUGCCAGUACCAAAUGCAGCCCCCUGGGCCGAGACCUUUGAUCAAGGUGGAAGAGGGCCACGCACACGGCUACCACCACCACCCCCACCACCACCACCCGCACCACCACCACCAUCAGCAGCAGCCUCAGCAGCAGUCAUCCAUUCCACCCCCCUCCGGGCCGGAGGACGAGGUGCUGCCCAGCACUUCCAUGUACUUCAAGCCGUCCCCGCCGUCCACUCCCACCACGCCGGGCUUCCCCCCGCAGGCGGGGGCGCUGUGGGACGACGCGCUGCCCUCUGCGCAGGGCUGCAUCGCCCCGGGCCCCCUGCUGGACCCGCCGAUGAAGGCGGUGCCCACGGUGGCGGGCGCGCGCUUCCCGCUCUUCCACUUCAAGCCCUCGCCGCCGCACCCGCCCGCGCCCAGCCCGGCCGGCGGCCACCACCUAGGCUACGACCCGACCACCGCCGCUCUCAGCCUGCCCCUGGGAGCCGCUGCGGCAGGCAGCCAGGCCGCCGCGCUCGAGGGCCACCCCUACGGGCUGCCGCUGCCCAAGAGGGCUGCCGCGCUGGCCUUCUCGCCGCUCGGCCUCACAGCGUCGCCCACCGCGUCCAGCUUGCUGGGCGAGAGCCCCAGCCUGCCGUCGCCGCCCAUCAGGACCUCGUCGUCCGGCGAGGGCACGUGCGCUGUGUGUGGGGACAACGCUGCCUGCCAGCACUAUGGCGUUCGCACCUGCGAGGGCUGCAAGGGCUUCUUCAAGAGAACGGUGCAGAAAAAUGCAAAAUAUGUUUGCCUGGCAAAUAAAAACUGCCCCGUAGACAAGAGACGUCGAAACCGAUGUCAGUACUGUCGAUUUCAGAAGUGUCUCAGUGUCGGAAUGGUUAAAGAAGUGGUCCGCACAGAUAGUCUGAAGGGGAGGAGAGGUCGGCUGCCUUCAAAACCAAAGAGCCCGUUACAGCAGGAACCUUCUCAGCCCUCUCCACCUUCUCCGCCGCUCUGUAUGAUGAACGCCCUUGUCCGAGCUUUAACAGACUCCACACCAAGAGAUCUUGAUUAUUCCAGAUACUGUCCCACUGACCAGGCCGCCGCGGGCACGGAUGCUGAGCACGUCCAACAGUUCUACGACCUUCUGACAGCCUCCAUUGACGUAUCCAGAAGCUGGGCAGAAAAGAUCCCCGGAUUCACUGAUCUCCCCAAAGAAGAUCAGACAUUACUUAUAGAAUCAGCCUUUUUGGAGCUGUUUGUUCUCAGACUUUCCAUCAGGGUCAACACUGCUGAAGAUAAGUUUGUGUUCUGCAAUGGACUUGUCCUGCACCGACUUCAGUGCCUUCGUGGAUUUGGGGAGUGGCUCGACUCCAUUAAAGACUUUUCCUUAAGUUUGAAGAGCCUGAACCUUGAUAUCCAAGCCUUAGCAUGCCUGUCAGCACUGAGCAUGAUCACAGAACGACAUGGGUUAAAAGAACCAAAGAGAGUGGAGGAGCUAUGCAACAAGAUCACAAGCAGCUUAAAAGAUCACCAGAGCAAGGGACAGGCUUUGGAGCCCACCGAGCCCAAGGUCCGGGGUGCCCUGGAAGAACUGCGGAAGAUCUGCACCCUGGGCCUCCAGCGCAUCUUCUACCUGAAGCUGGAAGACCUGGUGUCUCCACCUUCCAUCAUCGACAGGCUCUUCCUGGACACCCUGCCUUUCUGAGCGGGGGCAGCCUGAGCAGGGAGCCGCCUCGUCUGCUAGCACCUGCUUGCUCAGCGGCAGAGGGAUGGGUCUGGACGCCUCCCAUGCCUGUCCGUCCUUAAGACAAAAAGCAGCUCCUGACAAAAAGAAAGACUUUUUUUUUGUUUGUAUGUUUCUGGCACUUUUCUUUACAACCUAAAGCCAGAAAACUUGCAGAGUAUUGUGUUGGAGUUGUGUUUUAUAUUUAGGCUUUGGGGUUGGGGCGGGAGGGGGUUAUAGUUCAUGAGGGUUUUCUAAGAAAUUGCUAACAAAGCACUUUUGGACGAUGCUAUCCCAGCAGGGGGGGAGAAAAGGAUAAUAUAACGGUUUUAAAACUGUUUCUGGGGAAUACCAUUAUAGUUGCUUUGUAUUUAAAAACAAGAACAGCCGAGGGUUGUUCGCCAGGGUAGAACCUGUCUUGAGAGGAUCGCUUUAGAACACACUUCCUGUAUCAAGGGUACAUAGGUGGCACGAACAAGGCACAAAUUCCCCGUUCUUAAUUGCUUUCUUCCUUUAUUUCAACAAACGGUGAAAGACGGAGGAUAACCUAUAAAUGAGACAUAGCAAAAUGAUAAUGGCUGUUUGCUUCCAUAUACAAGUGCAAUUUUUAAAGUGCUGUCUUACUAAGUCUUGUUUAUGAACUCUCCUUUAUUUUAUAUGGAAGUAAAAAGGAGGCAGUCAAGUUAACAAAUGACAGAUGCUAAUUUCCUAGCAAAGGCUUUGUGCACCUGCCCCAGAGAACCCUUCUGAGGUAUGGGCCAUCCAAGAUUUCAGGCCAUUCUUAGUGGAUCCAGAUCCCUGCCCUGACUGUCCAGCUGUCCUGAAGGGGGCUCAGUUUAUGAGAUGGAACUGCUUUGGUUGUGUUCUAUCCAGAGUUCCCUAAACUUGCUUCAGUUAUAGCAACUGACCGACACUUCCAUUCAGAAGCCCAGGAGCAUUUAGUGAGUCUCAAGUGACUGACCCCUAGAUAAGAACAUGCAAAUAAAUAGGAACUGGAUCACACAGGGUAAACACCAGGGGUAAUAAGGUUUUUUAAAUAUAUAUAAUUUAAUUUUUGUUAUCGGUGAAAGAGACAAUUUUGGAGAGCAAGCAAGUCUUAUUUUUUAAAAAAUAGUAUGAAUGUGAGUACUAGAAAGGAUUAGUGGGCUGCGUUUCAACAUUCCGUGUUCGUACUCCCUUUUGUAUGUUUAUACUGUUAAUGCCAUAUUACUAUGAGAUAAUUUGUUGCAUAGUGUCCUUAUUUGUAUAAACAUUUGUAUGCACGUUAUAUUGUAAUAGCUUUGCCUGUAUUUAUUGCAAGACCACCAGCUCCUGGAAGCUGAGUUACAGAGUACUGAAAUUGGGUGUUCACAGUGGCUUGGAUACGCCAAUUAGAAAUUAAAUAAGCAAAAAUAUAUAAAUAUAGCAGGUUACAUAUAUAUUUAUAAUGUGUCUUUUUAUUAACCAUUUGUACAAUAAAUGUUACUUCCCAUGCAGUUAUUUUAUGAUUCAUUUGCAGUGACUUUUAAGGCAGUACUGUUUAGCACUUUGAUAUUAAAAUUUUGCUUAUGUUUUGCUAAAUUCAAAUAAUGUUUGAAGAUUUUUAGGCCUAAAAGUCUUUAUAUUAUAUAUUCUGUAUCAAGUCAAAAUAUCUUUGGCCAUUUUUGCUAAACCACAAACUUUGAAUGUCAAACUGAUGUCACAAUAGUUUCUGUUAGGUUUAAAUCAUUUUUGCUUUAGUCUUUUUAAAGGGAAAAUAACAAAACUAUGCUGUUUAUACUGUCAUUAAAUUAUCAAUCAAACAAAUGCCAAAUGAAUUACCUAAUCACUGCAAAAAGUAACCCAGAUAGCAAACCCUGUUUUUUCCAAGAGUCAUUCUGAUAUUUGAUCAUAUAUUAUGUUUGUGUGAGCUUUUAUGAAAGAUUAUUAUUUUUAUAUCAAGACGAUAGGAUCUGGCAUGUUAGUCUCUAGGAAGUCAGACUUGGAAAGGGCCUGAUUUGUCAACUAGUCCACCCCCACCCUGAAAUUCAUAGAGGAGAAAACCCAGGGCCCAUCAAAGGGUUAAGAGUUCCCCAAGGUCAAACAACUAGUACCAGAAUCAAGACUAGGGCCUAAAUCUCCUUUUCAUCAUCUUCUUACUCGACUUACUGCAUCUAUAGGAAAACAGGCUUUUAAAAAUAACCAGUAAAGCUUACAUUUUACCUGAUGAUAACCAUGAGUAAAGUAGUACUUUUGCAUUAAUUUUUUCAGCUUCUAUGUGAACAUAAUAAACAUUUUUAAAUACCAGGAAAGCUAACAUUUCAUGUAAGGUAUCAAUUGCUUCAGACCAAAUUCAAGCUGAAUUUGAAUAUAUUAGAAGUACUGUGCAUACAUAAUCCUUUCGUGCACCAUUAGUAUUAGAAAGUCAGUCCUUGUUUUUUCUUUUCUUUUUUUUGUCAUGUCUGAAAACAACAACAACAAAAACAGAGCCCCAGAGAAAUGCUGUUACUUUUUAUUUUUACACCCAUCAGAUUUAAGGAAAAGACUUUGUAACCACGAUGUUGAUUGGCUGGAAGAAAUAAAGAAGGGUUUUAGUUAUUGGUCCAGACACGAGUGCUGAACAUAAAGAUGAUAGCCAGUGCUCUUCUGUCUUCCCUAGUUGUUACAACUAUGAGAGCCUCCCAAGUCAUCUAUCAGUCCAACUCUCUUUCUUUGUCUUAAUAUGGACACACACGUUUAUACAGUGGAUGACCAAACUAGCGCAGAAGAGGACAGCAAGAAUUAAAGCAGGUGAUUCUUCCCUUGUGGGAGGUCUCUCUCAGCGAGAACUUGCCUUCUGUGGGCAGAAAUCAGGAAUCCACCAGCUGUUAAUGGAGAGUGCCUUGCUUUUAUUUCAGACAGCAGAGUUUUCCAGAGUUUCUCUGCUCCUCAAACGGCAUUGCUCUUUAGUAUGUGUUAACCUGUGAUUUGAAAGAAAUGCUCUUGUAUAUUAACAAUGUACAUUUAAAUGAUUAAAUUAAAUUACAUUUUAUCAAUG